CCCUCCAGCUGUCAUGUGAGCUUUGUACCCCCAGGGGUAACUCCGAGUUGUAGUUUGGGAAGAACCAGAGAGACAUAUCACUUGGGAUGCUGGGAGUUGUAGUUUGGGAAGAACCAGAGAGACAUAUCACUUGGGAUGCUGGGAGUUGUAGUUUGGGAAGAACCAGAGAGACAUAUCACUUGGGAUGCUGGGAGUUGUAGUUUGGGAAGAACCAGAGAGACAUAUCACUUGGGAUGCUGGGAGUUGUAGUUUGGGAAGAACCAAAGAGACAUAUCACUUGGGAUUCUGGGAGUUGUAGCUGGGGAAGAACCAGAGAGACAUAUCACUUGGGAUGCUGGGAGUUGUAGUUUGGGAAGAACCAGAGAGACAUAUCACUUGGGAUGCUGGGAGUUGUAGUUUGGGAAGAACCAGAGAGAUAUAUCACUUGGGAUGCUGGGAGUUGUAGUUUGGGAAGAAGUGGUGGACAGAUUUAAAGGACAAGUGGGGACAAGCCUGUGACAGGGGUUAGGCUGCCUGUGACUCCCAUAGUAAAUAGGUGUAUUCUCAGCAGUGUGGCAGUAAAGGGGUUAAAUGAUAGGCGGUGACAGUAACCAUGACACAAACACUAGAGAAGUGCCUCCCACUAUUACCAGGCGUGACUUUGUCUCCUAGCAACUGGGACACAGGCACUAACACAUGCCGGGAGGCACACAAGGGAGUGUUGCUUGGGGACAAGAUCUCAUGCACAGCUUGGCUCAAGAGCUUGUACUUCCUGCUGUCUGGAAGUGAGAGGACAGGCUGCCUUUUCUGCAGGUCUCCUGGUGUCCCUCAUAAUGUCUGGCUCUGUGAGCUUCAGGGAGUUGGUUAAUCUGGCCAUAGGGUCUCCUGAGCUUGGAGCAGUAAAUUUCAAUGCCCUCCACUCGCUGCUCCAUGGACUUCUGGAUCAUCUGCAGCUGGGAGACAAGAGGAAAACUUUGUCCCUGGAGGAGAGAGAGUUCAUACAGCCUGUAAGACCUGUCAGUGAAGACUUGGCCACAAAAGAUGCGAGGCCAACCUCCCUGUUCCACCAGUUACAGGACAAGAUGACCAAAAUGGAGGCCAGACUAGAGCAUCUGGACUCCUUGCCCACUUCCGACAGUCUCCUCCAGCGCAGCCAGCAGGAGAAGCAGCCAGUUCAGGAGAUGUGGCAGCUGAUCCAGCUCAGGAGGAAAGUGGAGAUGAAUGAAGAUGGGGUGCAUAAGGCUAUGGGUGCCUUCCAGGAACUGCUCAGCACCUUCAACGGCCUUAAAGAGACCACCACACAGUUACAGGACAACCUUGGGGCCUUGAAAGGGUUUGUGGCUCAGAUGAAUAUUAAUGACAUUGAGCGGAGACUGCAGGAGCUGGAAGGGCAGAGUCGGAACAUCCCUGUGAUGGCAGAUAAACUGGCGGCUGUGUCCAAUAGGUUGAUGUCCUACCCUGAGUCCUCAGAGGUUCUGACCUGGGGAUCCCUCCAUGGAUCUCUGACUGAUCACCAGAGAGCAGAGUUUGGAAUGAGUGAGGAGCAGAAGCAGCGAGAGGCCAAACACAUUCUCAGCUCCCUGGGGCAACUCCCUGGCAGACACGAGGGGCUGGAGCUGAAAGUCCAAACACUGGAAGUGGAGCUGAGACGACUGGAGGACGAGAUCAGCAAUAAGGGGGUCCCGGAGGAUUUGUUAGAGCAGCUGCGCAGUCUCCGAGAGGACGUCGACACAAUAUCCAUUGCCAACAAGAAGGGAGCAGAUGAUUUGUGGGACAUGCAGAACUCUCUACGGCAGCUGAACUUGGGUCUCCAACAGCUUCAAAGCAGAACUGACAGUUUGGCGGCAGAUCUGGCAGAGACAGCGACCCUGCAGGGACAGAUUAGUGAGCUGGACAGGAAGAAGUUGGACCGGGAGGAACUGACCAUAGAGCUCAGCACGAAAGCAGAUAAACGGGCCCUGGAGGCCAAAGUCAGCCAAUCACAGCUGGAGGCUGCAGUAAAUCAGGUCAGUUCAGUUCUGGAGGAUUUAAUCAAGAAGCUUUCAGUGCAGGAGGCAGAGUGGCAAGGAAUGAUGGAGAAGCUGUUGGCAGGCCUGGAGGCAAAGCUAAGCCGCUCAGACUUGGACUCCAUACACAAGAAUAUGGAAGAACUGUGGCGGACCCUGAAGAAACACCUCAGUGCUGGAGACCAGUAUGACCCAGAUGGAGCUGCCGGAUCCAGGAAGAGGCUUUUUGAGAAAGUGAAGUGUAUCUCUUGUGACCGACCUGUCACCAUGGCCACCGGACCGCAUCUGGUCACAGUUCGGGCAGCCAAUCUUGUCCCACGGAAUCAGUUGAAUGGAGCAGAAAUGAGUAGAGAGAGGAACUCCGGGGACCCCGCGGAGGUGGCAGAACCCGAGUUCCAGUACUCAUUGCCCCCCCGUCCCCACACAGCCUUCUCCCACCAUCCGAAGACGUCUCGUGCCAAGAGCCUGGCCACUGUCCUUACGUACGGAGACCCCGGGCAGGCCUUGUACAAGAAUUGUGAGGUUGAUGUGAUGGGAGUUGAUGGGAUCAUGUACAGGGGGCGGCUGGACAGGACUCUGCCUUCUUACCCCCCAGAGAGAGACCCCUCAGGUGUGAGGAGCCCCCAGCCUCCUGGCCGAAUGGAAAGAUCUCGCUCGGCGACACCGUUGCACCGACACUCUGGCCACUCCCACGACUCCCCACAUGGCAGCAAAAGGCCCCAGAGUCACACAAGUUUCACCCCUCGCUCAGCUUUCCAUGUGCCAACAGUGCCCCCCAGCGACACCCCCAACCCCCUGCAACUCUCCGACUCCUGAAAGAUGGACCCCACCCCGUCUCACAGAUUCCUGUAUAGACUGUGUAUGGAACAAUAAACGAUGAACCCUU